AUGAUCAACUGUUUGAAGGAUCCAUGGCUCCCGACUAAUUAUCCAUUCAUGGUUAAUCCCAGUAUUGACCCAUCUCUGAAUGAUAAAUUAAUAUGGUCCUUUACUAAAAAUGUUCGUUAUUCGGUCAAAUCAAGGUACCAUAUAGCCUCUCAACUAUUGUUAUCUACUAGUGUGAAUGGUCAUAGUUCUACCACUAAUCUCUCAUCUACUGCUGAAAAUUUCUUGUCACGUGUUUGGGGUCUUAAAGUCCCGCCGAAAAUUCGUAUCUUUAUGUGGAAAUUAUUGUUAAACAAAAUUCCAGUGGGUAUGAAUCUUCAAGUGCGAUGUCCUUCAAUCCCUUCGACUUGUCGUAUCUGUGGUCUAUUUGAAGAAUCAGUUGAACAUCUUUUUUAUUCAUGUUUUUUGGCAAAAAGUAUAUGGUUCCAUUCUGAGUUAAUGUUGCGUUCAGAUUGCUUUGGUCAAAUCCCAUUUAAUGUCUGGUGGGUAAAAGUUUUUGACGGCCUUACCACUCCUUUUCAACGUAAUUUGAUGGCAGUAAUUUGUUGGAGAAUAUGGAUUGCAAGAAAUGAUAAGUGUUUUAACAAUUCCGAAUGGACAGUCUCAGAAGUGAAUUCCAGAGCAUUGGCACAAUUACAUGAAUUUUCAUCUGCUCAUGUGUUGAAUAAUCAAUCUUCGGCUAUAGUUAACAGAUCAACUCGGCAGGUUCAGCGGUGGAGGCCUCCACCGCCGGGAAUGAUCAAAAUAAAUUUUGAUGCGGCCUUAAGUAUUAGUAACCGUAUUGCAGCUGUUGGUUUGGUUUGUUCAAAUUCUUCAGGGUACAUCACUUAUUCUUGCUCUCAUCGUUUUCCAGGAAUUGUAUCUCCUGAAAUUGCGGAGGCACUGGGGAUGCGGCAUGUCAUUAUGAUUGCUUCUCAACUUGGUCUAAAGAAUAUUAUUAUUGAAGGUGAUUGCUUAAAUGUGAUCUCUGCAUCUCAAGGCAAGAAGGAUAUUCCGUCAACAAUAGAUGUCAUAAUCUUUGAUACCGUUCGCUUAUCAUCGUCGUUUAUAUCUUGCGACUUUGCAUAUGUUAAGCGAAUGUCUAAUUGGAUGGCCCAUGAAGUGGCUAAAAAGUCCUUAAAGCCUCCUUUUUAG